AUGGCCCUACAAGAAGCAAUAGCAGCUGAUGAUGUUAAUCAGCUAUACAGAUUAAUUGAGGGGGACGAAUAUCUCAUAGAUCGUGGAUCCGAGGGCCCCUUCCCACAUACUGCACUACACGAUGCUGCAAACCAGGGGAAAACUAAAUUGGCUAUGGAGCUAGCCACCUUGAGGCUGUUGUUCACUCGAAAGCUGAAUUGUGGGGGUUAUAGCCCAAUGCACCUGGCUUUGCAAAAUAAGCAUUAUCCGACUGUGAGGGCACUGAUGUCCCUUGACCCCGAAUUGAUUCGAGUCCGAGGACGAGGUGGGAUCACCCCUUUGCAUUUUGUAGCUGGGAAAAUAGGAGACAAUGAGCAAGAGAAGGUGGAGCUCUUGGAACUCCUGGCAGAAUUCUUAUCUACUUGCAAAUUGUCUAUUGAAGACUUGACGAACCAAUGCGAGACUGCAAUUCAUGUUGCUGUCAGGACGGGCAAUACGGAAGCAUUCAAGGUUUUGUUCGGAUGGCUUAGGCGAGUCAAUCUGACACAAAUCUUGGAUUGGAAAGAUCAAAAUGGUGACACCAUCUUACAUAUUGCUGCACUCAAAAAGCAGCCUGAGGUAUAUAGUUCAUUGAUUUCGUAG